AUGGCAAUGAUUGCCGUGGUAGCUAACAACAUCUGCAUACCCUUGUGGAGAUUAUUUGGGGGAGCAUCAAACACUGUGACAACAGACAUCAUGGGUCAUUUAAAAAAAAUAGACAUCACGAUUCCAAUUGUGACCCCAAAUGAAGCCGCUCAAUUGGCUGCUAAAUAUCGAGGACAAGGGUUUCAGACUCUGAAGCUCAAAGUAGGGAAAAACUUGAACUCAUACAUAGAAGUUCUGAAGGCUAUAUGGCUUGUGCAUCCUGACAACUCAUUUAUCUUGGAUGCAAAUGAAGGGUACACAGCAAACCAUGCAAUUGAAGUUCUUGACAGACUAAACAGUAUGUACUCUCACUAUGUUCAAUCUUUUCACUCUUAA